AUGGCACCGGUCUCGGCAAGGACACUCACGCUUUCACUAUGCGGUACCGCAACAUUGCUGCUCGCACUGUCCACCACCGUUGGAUCCGUUGCCGGUCAGGCACUCAUAACACCGCUCGAUUCGCCCGUGCUCGCGACCAAAUACCGCGGACUGCGCGAGAUCAUGUUCAACUUUAUCGGGCAAACGGGCAACAAUAAGAACAAGUUCCUGUUCAAUCUGAAGAAGGGGAAAGUACAAAAACAGUUCGGUCCGGACGAUCCGUUCUUCUGCAAUACGACCGGUAUGCGGAGCGAGACGGUGCCAACUUCCGUGGAUAAAUUGCGACCGGGAGAUAUCGAUAUUGUCGGUGCGAUCGGGGACUCGCUGACGGCGGGUAAUGGUGCGAUGGCCACCAACAUUUUGGAGGUGUUGAUCGAAAACAAGGGCUUAUCGUGGAGCAUCGGAGGUCAGGGCACGUGGAGACAGUUUCUUACGCUGCCCAACAUACUGAAGGAGUUUAAUCCAAAGCUGUACGGUUACCCGACGAAGGAUGGGCUGUCGACGCGCAAGUCCUCGCUGUUCAACGCAGCGGAAGGUGGAGCGAUGUCGCAGGACAUUCCCUACCAGGCACGGAAUCUCGUCAAACGGAUGCUGUCCGACCGGAGGGUAGAUAUCGCAAACCACUGGAAGAUGAUCACGCUCAUGAUCGGCGGUAAUGACUUCUGUGCCGAGAUCUGCUACAUGCCCACGCCGGAAAAGAUACUGCAAUAUCACGAGAAAAACAUCGUCAGUGCGUUGCGUACUUUCCGCGACUAUCUACCACGAACCUUCGUUAAUCUGGCCGCAAGUCCAAAGGUGGACAUCUUGGCCCAGUUCAAGAACAAACCCCAGGAAUGCGUUUCCAUGCACGUCGUCGAAUGUCCGUGCCUGUUGGCGACACGGUUCCGCAAACAACGCCAGCGGUACGUGAAGCUGAUCGAGGACUGGAACAUGCUGCAGAUGGAUAUUGCCACACGGGAGGAGUUUCACAACCGGCCCGACUUUGCCGUCGUUUACCAACCGUUCACCAUGAAUCUCACCUUCCCGGAGACACCGAACGGUGAUACGGACUUUACCUACAUGUCGCUGGACUGCUUUCAUCUCAGCCAGAAAGGGUAUGCGUUGGCCUCGAACGCACUGUGGAAUAACAUGCUAGAACCGGUUGGGGGUAAAUCGAUGAACUGGGAGCGAGAGUUCACGCUGUUCAAGUGUCCUAGCGCGGACAUGCCGUACCUGCGGACGCCCGGAAAUAGUUAGGACACCGU